AACGAACCUCUCGAACGUGCCAGUAAGUAAGAUGGCGAGAAGGGCGACAGAGAAUGGGACCGAUCGGUAGAGCAGCGUUCGGCGUGGCGCUCUGUGCGCGUGCGCAGUGAACGUGCGCUCGGAGCGAUCGAUUGGACAGGAUUCGCGCCUCCAUUUUUCUGGGAGAGAGCGGGAGACGAAGAGAGCCGGAUCCGCGGCUGGCAGGGAAGUUGUCUUCCUCUUCUUCAAGAUGUACAGAACCAAAGUGGGCUUGAAGGACCGCCAGCAGCUCUACAAGCUGAUCAUUAGCCAGCUGCUCUACGACGGCUACAUCAGCAUUGCUAAUGGCCUCAUCAAUGAAAUCAAGCCUCAGUCUGUGUGUGCACCCUCAGAGCAGCUCCUGCAUCUGAUCAAACUAGGAAUGGAAAAUGAUGACACCGCAGUUCAGUAUGCUAUUGGUCGUUCAGACACAGUUGCCCCUGGCACAGGGAUUGACCUGGAAUUUGAUGCAGAUGUCCAGACUAUGUCCCCAGAGGCUUCCGAGUACGAAACAUGCUAUGUCACAUCCCAUAAGGGACCAUGCCGUGUAGCUACCUAUAGCAGAGAUGGGCAGUUAAUAGCCACUGGAUCUGCUGAUGCUUCCAUAAAGAUACUUGACACAGAAAGAAUGUUGGCCAAAAGCGCCAUGCCAAUAGAGGUUAUGAUGAAUGAGACUGCACAGCAGAAUAUGGAAAACCACCCAGUUAUUCGAACUCUCUAUGAUCAUGUGGAUGAAGUCACAUGUCUCGCUUUCCACCCAACAGAACAGAUCUUGGCCUCUGGUUCAAGGGAUUAUACGCUUAAAUUAUUUGAUUAUUCUAAACCAUCUGCAAAAAGAGCCUUCAAAUACAUUCAGGAAGCCGAAAUGUUACGCUCCAUCUCUUUUCAUCCUUCUGGGGACUUUAUACUUGUUGGAACUCAGCAUCCUACUCUUCGCCUGUAUGAUAUCAACACCUUUCAGUGUUUUGUCUCUUGCAAUCCUCAAGAUCAACACACUGAUGCAAUAUGUUCCGUUAAUUACAAUCCUAGUGCCAAUAUGUAUGUAACUGGUAGCAAGGAUGGCUGCAUCAAACUAUGGGAUGGUGUCUCAAAUCGCUGCAUCACAACUUUUGAGAAAGCACAUGACGGGGCUGAAGUUUGCUCUGCCAUUUUUUCCAAAAAUUCUAAAUACAUUCUCUCAAGUGGAAAAGACUCUGUAGCCAAACUUUGGGAAAUAUCAACAGGACGAACACUGGUCAGAUACACGGGCGCGGGUUUAAGCGGACGACAGGUGCACCGGACACAGGCUGUCUUUAACCAUACCGAGGACUAUGUGUUGCUGCCUGACGAAAGGACGAUCAGCCUCUGCUGCUGGGACUCGAGGACAGCAGAACGGAGAAACCUGCUGUCCUUGGGGCACAACAACAUUGUACGCUGCAUAGUGCACUCGCCCACCAACCCUGGGUUCAUGACAUGCAGUGAUGACUUCAGAGCCCGGUUUUGGUACCGUAGAUCCACCACUGACUAAGCUGCCGUCACUAAUAGGGUUCUUUCCUUGAGGGCUCUGCCCUCCCUCCCCCUGGGUCCUGUCACCAGCUUCAGUAGUAAUUCGUUCUAUCAUCUUUGGCAGUUGUCCUGCCACCUCUGUCUACAUCCUUGGAUUUGUACAAAAGAAUCUUUUUACCUUGAUGUGGAAUCAUGGUGGAAAAAGUUGGAAACUCAGAUCUGUGCAGUUGUUCUGCAUUCACUGAUUACAGUGUGAUUUUCAUCGGUUUUGUAAAUACAGGACUUGCCAUUUCUUUUUAAUCUCUUGAUCGUUUGGAGAAGGAUAGAGCAUUAAAGUGCUUUCUAGAUCUCAGUCUGUCAUGAGGGAUUUUCAUUUGGUUCUUUUGUCAACUUUUAUGCCUGUUCUACCACACUCUCUGUGUAUUUUCUUUCCGGAUACAUUUUAGCAGAUGGGUAGGCAUGCAGCUCUGAAAAUAUGGAGUUUUGUGCCAUAUUGAAACCAUUUUCAAGAAUUUCUCAAGUCUAUUCUAAAAUGACAUCUUUCUGAUAAUAAAGUUCAGAUCUACAAA